GCAGGGAUCCAUCCCUGUAUGAAACUGCGGUGUCUAAGAAGCAAUUGAAAACUUUUCAAAUUGGAUUUUGUAUUUGGUUUUAUAUACUGUUAAUUUGAUUUGGUGCUGACUAUAUCCAGAUGUUGCUGCAUGAUGCCUCAAUUAUUGUGUCCUUCAUCUCUCUGUCUUCGUCUUUGUGUUAGUUAUUGAAUUUCACAUAACAAACAGGCUGCAGAGGUAGGGAUUCUGUUAGCUGCCACUGCCAGAUUACUUGCUUCUGAGUUUUAUGACUCUGUUGGGUUUUCAUUAUGAGUGGUGCACCUAAGAGAUCUCAUGAAGAGUCUGUUCAUUCAUCUUCAAAGCACUCAAAUGAAGAUUCGGGUACUUAUUCCAAGUUGGUUUCAUUGCCAGUCUCAAAUGAGUACCAUAUGCCUUAUGAUAUAAGUCAGGACUCCCGGGUGGCAAAAGUGCCUCGAACUGAAUUUCGUGAUGCAGAUAGAAGAUCCCCUCUUAAUCCAGUGUAUCGGAUGUCGUCACCUUUGAAUGAUUCUCGUGCAGAUAAUCCUAUUGGUCCUGAGAAUAGGAUAGAAUCAAGGGAUUCGAAGGACAGUAGAGAUCCCCGGUUUGAGAAUCGUGAUACAAAGACAGAGAAGGAGUUGUAUGGUGAAGCAAGAAGGGAUCCUCCAAAUGCUAAAAGUGAAAAGGAUAUGCGCGUAGAAGGUAGAGGAGAUGACAACAAGGAUGUUUGGCAUGAUCGGGAUAGUCAUAAUGAUCCGAAAGGUGACACCAAGACAGAGAAAGAUGGUUAUAAUGUGGCUAGCAGCCACUUGAAUUGGAAAGAUUCAAAAGAGUACCAUAGAGGAAAAAGAUAUUCUGAUGCUCCUGGUGGAAGUUUGGACACAUGGCAUAUGUUACGUGGAAAUACACAAGGCUCGGUUGAGGUUGGGAAGGAGAGUUCCGCAGCAGGAGAGAGAGAUUAUGUUGAAGCUCAUGAAGCUGUUAGUGAGAACAAAGUUGAUCCUAAAGGUGAUGAUAGAUCCAAAGAGAAAGAUAGAAAGAGGAAAGAUGUGAAGCAUAGGGAAUGGGGAGAUAGGGAAAAAGAAAGAAGUGAUCGUAGAAACAGUCCACAAGUUAGCAAUAGUACCGGUGACUGCAAAGAAUCUACCAAGGAAGAUAGAGAUGUAGAAAGGUUGGAGAGGGAGAAAAAAGAUCUUCCAGAAGAGAAAGAAAAUAUAAAAGAGAGGGAAAAGGAUCAGAUGAAGAGGGAAUCAUGGAAUGGAAUGGAGAAAGAGGUCUCAAUUAACGAGAAGGAACCUGUUGAUGCAUCAGCUAAACUUCCUGAACAAGAACCUGUGUUACCAGAGCAGAAGAAACAAAAAGAAGUUGAUAGCUGGAAAAAUGUAGAUAGAGAAGCUAGAGAGAAGAGAAAAGAAAGGGAUGCUGAUUUAGAAGGAGAUAGGUCUGAUAAGCAUAGCAAAUGUCUUGACAAGGAAUCAAACGAUGGGUGUGCUGAUGGAGAAGGGAUGAUGGAGAAGGAGAGGGAGGUCUAUAAUUAUAGCAGUCAGCACCGUAAGAGGAUACAACGAUCUAGAGGGAGCCCUCAGGUGCCUAACCGGGAGCCUCGUUUCAGAUCCCGUGCCCAAGAUAAUGAUGGGUCUCAAGGUAAAGUAGAAGUUUCUUCUGUUGUUUAUAAAGUUGGCGAAAGCAUGCAAGAACUGAUAAAGUUGUGGAAGGAAUAUGAAUCAUCUCAAUCUCAAAUGGAAAAAAAUGGUGAAAGCUCUAAUAAUGGUCCCACUCUGGAAAUUCGUAUACCAUCUGAGCAUAUCACAGCUACAAACCGCCAAGAUGCUCUGAGACAUCAAUAUCCAUAUUCUGCCAAUUAUCUGGUCAGAGGUGGCCAGCUUUGGGGGACCGAUGUGUACACAUACGAUUCAGAUCUUGUUGCUGUUCUCAUGCAUACAGGUUACUGUCGCCCAACAGCGUCUCCACCCCAUGCAGCCAUACAAGAAUUGCGUGCAACCGUUCGUGUACUACCUCCUCAAGAUUGCUAUAUUUCUACACUGAGAAACAAUGUCCGUUCCCGUGCUUGGGGUGCAGCAAUUGGUUGUAGUUAUAGAGUGGAGCGGUGUUGCAUUGUGAAGAAAGGAGGUGGAACUAUUGAUCUUGAACCUUGCCUUACACAUACAUCAACUAUUGAGCCCACCCUUGCUCCAGUGACUGUUGAGCGAACUAUGACUACCAGGGCUGCAGCUUCGAAUGCAUUGCGGCAACAAAGAUUUGUUCGAGAAGUCACAAUACAGUACAAUCUCUGCAAUGAGCCUUGGAUAAAGUAUAGUAUAAGCACUGUUGCUGACAAGGGUUUAAAAAAGCCACUUUACACAUCUGCACGUUUGAAGAAGGGGGAAGUUUUGUAUUUGGAGACACAUUUGUCCAGAUAUGAACUUUGUUUUACUGGAGAGAAGAUGCUCAAGGUUACACCAGCAGCCCCGUUGCAUGACCCUGCCACAGAAAAGUCUCAAAAUCACCACCCACAUUCUGCAAAUGGUGAAAAAAAUGAUUGUGAGAAUGUCAUGAUUGACGCAUUCCGGUGGUCUCGUUGUAAGAAGCCUCUGCCACAGAAACUGAUGCGUACAAUUGGCAUCCCUUUGCCUCUUGAACAUAUAGAGGUACUGGAGGAAAAUUUGGACUGGGAAGAUGUGCAAUGGUCGCAAGCUGGUGUUUGGAUUGCUGGAAAGGAAUAUACCCUGGCACGGGUGCAUUUCUUGUCAAUGAAUUAAUUUAUUGUUAUUUUGGGGGAUGGAGUAGUUAGUUAAUAUAACUCUUGGUUUUUUUUAGGCAAGAUGGGGGAAUAAUAUACGUAUUUGGAAAGAUAUUGUCUCAUGUAACAACAGAUAGUUUAUGGGGCAUGGAUAUUGGUCUCUAAUAAACAAUAAACAAUUAUUUACAUUGUGUAAUUUUUCUCUCAAUUCAUGACUGCUGAUUGCAAUUGUUGC